AUGCAAUCGCCACUUGAGACUCAGCAGCCGGAGAGAUGUUGUCGGCCGACGACCUCGAUUGUAAUUGCGGAGCACGGGUUGUGUGAUAAGACUUCGAAACUCGUGUGCAAGCUUACAGGAGAUAUUGUGAACAAGAAUGAGGAACAUAUCUGGAAACACGUGAAUGGGAGAAGAUUUUUUCACAAAUUAGAGCAAGUGGAAAAAGAACUGGAUCAAGCGGAAAGACCAAGAAAACAAGAGGCGGUAAGGAAGAUACUGAUUCCGAUGAAGCAGAUUUUUGGAUGCUUAAGUCAAGUUCUGGUUCAGAGUCAGAGCACGAGGGUGAUGAAGAAAAUUGCAAAGGUUCUCAUUGUGAUGCCAAAGUAUCCGACGAGCUCUCAGAGAGAACAAAGAGAAUGUCAAUAG